AUGUCAUUCGUUCUUGACCCAUUGCCAUAUGCUUAGGAUGCCUUGGCUCCACAUAUUUCAGCAAACACCAUCAGUUUUCACUAUGGAAAACAUCAUGCUGGAUACGUGAACAAGUUGAACGAACUCACUAAAGGAACACCCUAUGAAACUCAAAGUCUUACAGACGUAGUAAAGAAUACUUUUGGAAAUCCAGCCACAGUUGCCAUUUUCAAUAAUGCAGCUCAAAACUGGAAUCACACAUUUUAUUGGAGAAGUAUGAAAUAAUAAGGUGGUGGCCCUGCAACUGGAUAAGUUAAAGAUUUGAUAUUGUAAAGCUUCGACAGUUUGGAUUCCUUCAGCAAGGCAUUCACAGAUGCCGCUUUGAGUUAAUUUGGAUCAGGAUGGACCUGGUUAGUAGAGAAGGACGGAAAAGUCAGUAUUGUCAAGACAUCGAAUGCUGACAACCCCAUAACAUCCGGAUACAAUCCUUUGAUUACAUUAGAUGUUUGGGAACAUGCAUACUAUUUGGACUUUUAGAAUAGAAGAGUCGAUUAUGCAAAUUUGUUUUUAACUAAUUUAGUGAAUUGGGACUACGCUAACCAAAAUUUGGUCAACAAGGCACAUUUAUGAAAUAUUAUAAUAAUAGAGAAGCAUUAAUAUUAAAAUUUAAUUA